GGGGGGUUUCGAGCGGAUAUUCCUCGCGUGGCCCAGAAUCCUCGCAAAUACCCGUUGGCCCAUUUGGUACCCGAGGUUUCGACGGCCCAACCCACGCGAUUCCCCGUUGAUCCAUCAGUUUCCACGCGAUUCCCCGUUGAUCCAUCAGUUUCCACGCGCUUCAGAACCCUCGAGCCCCCCUCGAGGAUUUGCUCACCCGACUCACGCCGCCGCCCGACUCCUCCCAAGACGCCACCGCCGACUCCUCCCAAGACGCCGCCGCCUACUCCUCCCCAAGACGCCGCGCUGCCUCGACGCCUCGACGCCGGCGAUCUCCUCCGGCAUACUGGACUUCUCCCCAGUGGUCCCACUGAACCAGGUUGAGAAGUGGAACAACCAGAGGGAGAAGGAGACCUUUGCAGGGUCCCUCGAAAUCGUCUGUUUGAGAGUCUCCUCGGUUGCUUUUGUGUCUGCGCUACUGCUGACUUGUAGUUGGAAUUUAUGCUCCUGUCAUGUACUCUCUUCAAACAAUCGCUGCGGAACAUCAAGUGAGGCUUUUCUCUAUGUUGCAUAAAUAGUUUAGCAUGCUUAUGUAUUCUCAUCAUGCUUGAAUGUAGGCAUGUCUUGCCUGGGACAUGUGAAUGCCGAGAACCUAUGAGACAUUUUUGGUUCCAAGUCAUGCUGAUGUGAGAGAAUAUGUUGCUGUUAUGUGACAGCGCAAUUAUGUGAUGAUAUAUUGAUUCCAAGUCAAUAGAAUUAUGUUGUUCAUGUGAAGAACUGUUGCAAGAUUAGAUUUUUAACUGUUUUACACCAUUUUAAUUCAAUAUGGCAAUCCCUUCCUACCAAACGUUGUUUUGUACAGAGGGGGAUUUGAAGGAUGUGUGGCUAGAGGGGGAUUUGAGGUUUCAAGGGGAUUGGGUGGAAGAGGGGGAUUCACCAAAUCCCCUGGAAUCCUCUCCUCCCAAAACCUCCACAAUCCCUUGUGGUCAAACAAGGCCUAAAGAAAAAUAGCAUAAGAUCAAGGCUACUAGCGUGGCACGCCAUGUAGUACUACUUUGGAUUUGCUAAGAAAAAAAAAGUGGGGAUUGCAUCCCCACGUGGAGACCUCAAUCAUCCUACGCAUUUGAAGACAAGAGGACCAGUAUUACUACUACUCUCAACUUGGCACGAUUUUUCAGAUCAAAUCUUUUGUCAAAAGCCAAAGCAGCAUUAUGCAGUAUCCAGCACCAGCAUCUACGUUUAUCCGACAAAAACAAAAUCAGGUGUUAUCCCUCCUAUAUAUUUUAUCAGGACAUUUUAAUUCCUCUGAGCAUCAUUACACUGCCCUAUUGGUGUUUUUAUAUACAGGAAAAAUUAUUGUUAUACUGCGGGUAUAAAGCACGCACUGGCAAUGUUCUACAACGGCGUUUUCCUCCGUGUCACAUUACCUGAUGAACGGACGGCCGGUUCACACAUCUGCACCAGUUUACAAUGCGGAGGACAACUUGCCCGUCCGCACCGGCCUAUAAUAUCGCGGCUGACUCAUCUGUCUGCUCCUACGGCGGACUCACCCAUGAUUAAUUUCCGCUUCACCAUUGUGAUCAUCAACUCCGCGGUGGAUAAUUUCUAGCCUAAUAUAUCAGGUGAAAUCCAUCCAGUAUACUUUUAUACUCCCUCCGUUCCUUGAUAUAGGGUGUAUAGUUUUCUAGCACGAAUAUUAACGCACGGGCUGGGAGAGGAGAUUUCGUUGGUUUUGGACAUAAAAGCCCCUGGUGCAAACACGUGAGACUAGAGAGAAAAAUAGGAAAAUCAUGAUCCUCUCUAUCCCAGGCAGUUUACUUCCUUAUUUAGAAUAACAAAAUCCCACAAUAUCCUCUCUGACUUUACUCUCCCCUGAUCGCUACCUCUCCCUCGUCCCCGCGCAUUUUCCCGCGAGCGACAUGGCGCGCGCAGCUUCUUUACUCUCUCCCGCGCUGCAUAAAGGCAAAAGCCUCGGCCAAAUUCAAAAUUUCUGAAGAGUCUGUUCAUGGAAAAAUUUCAGCACUGGAGGGAAUGACAAUGGCGCCACUAUGUGAAAAUUUUCGUUUUCAAAUUGAAGAAGAUGGGGCUAUAAAUCCUCCCCUCCCCACCUCGCCAUCUCAUCAUUCUCUCUCCCGAUCGCCUUCCCUAUCCCCCACUCGCCAUCUCUCUCUCCUGCUCGUCAUCUCCAAUGGCUGGUCGCCGCUACGAGUGGAUCAACUGGGAUGGCCUUGGCAACGAGGCGGAGGAGGAUGCGGCCGAUUUGAACUACGACUACGAGUGGGUCGUACCCGACCAAGAUGAAGACGUGGCAGAGAGUUCCCACCGGCGUUGGGGAGGAAGGCUUGGCCUGGCAGGUGGAGUAAGGGGUCGGGACGUGGGACUUGGACGAGGAAAUGCUGGUCGAUCAGGACUUGGACGAGGAGGCGCUGGCGGAUCAGGACUUGGUCAGCGUGUACGUUCAGUCGUGAACCAAGCAAUGGUGGGGGGAAAUGGUGAGGGAGGCGGCAGGGAGGACGACGGGCAUGCACGCGGCAGCGGCGACCAUGCACGCGGUGGACGCCGGCUUGGACUUGCGGGGUCAAGGCGUGGCCCUAAUCCGGUGACAAGGUGGCCUGUUGAUCGUCCAACUGUAGAAGCACAAGAGAAUGGUGGAGUUGGUGAUUCUGAGGAGCAUGUAGAACAAGAGGCAGAUAACAAUGUGGAAGGCGAUGGGAAUGGAGGAGCCUCAGGUAAACUAUAA